AUGAGACAAAUGUGCACGAACUUUCCUGUGAAGAAGAAGAAGUUAGCGGACAAGACAACCCGUAGGACGGAUGUCAUAGGAGGAAGCGAAGGCGAUCACGCAGAGUUGGAGGGACAGGUCGCUGCUGAGGCCGAUGGCUCAAGAAAACGAAUAUCUUCGGUGGAAGGAAUGGCCUCGGAGAAGGUGAAAGGGAGGAAGCGGAUGCUUGUACGUGUGGUCAUCAGUAAGCGACCGAAAAGCGAAGUUCAGCCAGACCUCCCAACCCCGAAAGUGUCGACUCCUGGACGUAUCAUGGAUAAUCAACAAUCACAAGAAUUGCCGAAUAUCGAGGAAACAUCUUCACGUGGACUUAUCUCUCAGAGAGAUGAUGAAGACGAAGCAGUCAAGCGACUGAUCUUAGACUCUGUCGAAACCAGUAGCAGCGCUCCCGAGGACGAAUCCACAGUCGCAAUGGAAGAGGAAAACAACGAGAGCGAGGAUGACAGUUUCAAGCACGGGUUCAUUCCUAGCGAUUUCGUGGAAGAUGAAUAUGAGAGCAUUGCUGGGGAUCUAGAGCCAGGCAACUCACAGGAUGAUUUUUCAACUGAGGGCGAGAUUAAGCGCAAGCAAGGGGUCCUAGAUGCCUUAGAGGCAGCCGCCGCCGAAAUAAGGUCAGAAUUGGUACGCUUGAGGGCCUCGACCGUGAGCGUUGGUGAAUAG